CAGUGGACGUUUCACAACAGAGUGGCGGAAGCGGGUAGGGGAGGAGCGGCCUCUUUACGGCUUCCGUGGAAUGAGCUUCUACGACGUGUUUCGGGGUUUCUUCGGUUUCCGCGGGGAGCGGAGGCCCCAUGACCGCUUUUUGGGGGGGAUCACGCAGGAUGAUGACGAUGAAGACGAUGAAGAUUUUGGGGAGAGGCACCCCGACGACUUUGGCUUCGGCUUCACUUUCACCCCGGGCGGGAUGCGCUUCCAUGACACCUUCGGGUUUGACCAGCUCUUCCGGGAUUUCAAUGACCUCUUCAGCGAAAUGGGUGCCGGGAGCUUGCCUUCACGGCCUUUGGAUUUCCCAGGCUCAGAGCCGCCGACACCACCCCUUGAGAAGAGGCAGACUCUGCGGGAUUUGAUGCUCAAGUAUCCGGACAGCCAGCGGCCCAGCGGCGGAGUGCUAGAGGACAGCCCGGGUCCCACAGCACCAGAGGGGAGGCCCUGGCAACCGUUCCAAGGGCUGCCGGAGACGGAUUCACCCCUGUCAGCCGUGAAAGACGCCCCCAAAGAGGACAGAGAUCUGGACUCACACGUUACAUCGAAAGGGCUCGAGACUAUUCUUCCACCAGCCCAACCUCGGUCUUAUUUCAAAAGUGUCUCGGUCACGAAAGUGGUGGCACCGGACGGGACAGUUGAAGAACGCCGGACGGUGCGUGACAGUCAGGGUCACGAGGAGACAGUUGUCACCCGCCGGAGCAGAGGGGAUCCAGUUCCGGGUCUUGACAGUGGCCAGCAGGAAGGCUCAGGAGACCUGACACCCUUCGUCUCACGCCACAGAGAUGACAUGAGCGACACCUCUUCCAUCCUGGACACCUUUUUCCGCCGCUGGUUCCCAAGCAAAUAGUCCUGCCUGGUUUGUUCAUGCCUUUGUCACCAAAGCCCCCGUGGGGGCAAGCUGUUGCUGCGUCUGGCCCCCCGCCCCGGAUAUCACUUCCUUCCUGCGUGGCGUCAGCUACUGUUCUGCACACACACACACACACACCUUGUGUCUUCUACAAAAGCCCAGUCGCCCAGAAACAAACAUUAAAUAAAGCCUAUAUUUAUGCGUAA